CCUUAGUUUGUACAGAUAGUAGGUUUUCAUCUUGUGAAGGCCUCUUUUGACUCUUUUCUCUCUCACAUCGAACACUUUCUUAUUCCACAAGUGUGACCCUUUUCUUCCUUUUCAUAAAAAAAUGUCAAACUGGGCUCUACUCCCUACCGAAAUUUUAGCUGAAGUCAUUGAUUAUGCUCUAAGCGAAAGCAAAACUAAAAAGGCUUUUCAAAAACAUUGCAUGCUCAUUUGUAAAGACUGGUCCAUUGUUAGCCGAACAGCACUCUACAAUCAUGUAACUUUACACAAAGAAGCACAGUUCGAACCAUUUCUUGCAAGCUUAACCGGAUCCAUAAAUGGCCAAUUAGUCAAAGAGCUCGAACUCCAUUACAAUGAGGAAAACCUGGAGUCCGCUUUAGGCCGAUUAUUAAAGUCAUGCCCAAACCUGUCGUUGCUGCUAGUUCAAAAAGCAAUGAAGAGCUCAUUCUUUGAAAAAUUACUAUUAGAAAUUGCGGCAGGGAAUGGAACCAAGUUAAGAAGUAUCCCGUUUUACGAUCCUAGAGACCUGGACACUAUUGACGUGUAUGGAAAUGCAACAUACGCGUUAAAAGACAGACUGGAACAUCUUCGUAUUUGGGAUUAUAAAUUAAACAAGACAGCAUUUUAUCAGAACGAGACACUGAACCGUUUAGGAAUGUAUAGAAAUCUCCAAUCAAUUAUCUUUCAACUUCAGGAUCAUAGCAACAUCUUUAAGGUUUUCGAAAUGAUUCAAUAUUGUCCUACUUUGACUUCUGUAAAAAUUGUAGCGAUAACUGCCGAUUUCAAAACAGGAAAGGAUGUCGAUAUUGCAGAACCUUUCAAUUUACAGCCUCUCGUAAAUGUUCAGGAACUAGAAAUAAGUGAAACAAUAACAAUCACUGCCAGGAUUAUCCAGUACAUUCUGCUUUUAUUCCCCAACCUAACAACAUUUCUUUAUGGUCAAAGUUACACGUCUUGGCGGUCUUUACAACAAAACUCUGCAAGCGUGUUAAGUUCAUUUAAGGCACAAGGGUUGGGGAUUCCUACCGAACUUUGGGUCCAAUUUUUCAAGUUCAUGCAUAAAAUAGAUAUUUGUCAAGUGUCUGUCCUUUUUAUCAAGGAUUAUGUCGAGCUCUUCUCAAAAGUACCGUACGUGUGUGAAAAUUUGGAUAUUAUAUAUGCAGAUUUUUAUGGUGAAGAUGUGGAACUUGAACCUUAUUUCAACAUUUUCUAUAACGAUAAUUCAGACAUGCAUAUUCGCAACAUGUAUCAAGAAGGUGAACUUGCUCGUCGAAUUGUGUUUAAAAACGUCGGCAGAGAAUACUAUGCCGCUUGGCCGCAUGAUGGUGUUCUUCAAACACUUGGACAUAAUAUAAAGGCAUUGAAUGUGCGAGUUGGUACCCCUGCCGAAAUUGGAGUUCGAGGAACCGGCGUAGAAAGCAUGGUUGAAGAAAACCUGUUCAAUCUUAUUUGUGACAAUUGCCAAACUUUAGACACAUUGUGGGUAUCCCGUGGGACAUUCAAUAAUCCGAUCCAAGACUCUACGAGAUCGCUCCAACACCUAGAACUAAUCCAGUUCGAUUAUUGCAACUUUGAUCAGUACUUCCUCAGUAGCCUGUCCACUCACUUACCUCCUAAACUAAAAUUUGUGAUUUUCUUGAGAUGUACUGUAAUUGCUCCCAUGAAUUCUGCUGAAUUUUUUACAACGAUAGACAUGCCAAACACUUUAUUCGACUACUUAUUAUGGAAGUCACCCGAUGCUGAUGAACCCGUCGAAGAAACAGUCUACCUCAAGAUAACUAAACGCGAAGCUACAUCCUACUAUUACAAAAUAUCUAUCGACAAUCAGCUGGCCAUGUCUUCAUUCGAAGAUUUUGAAGCUUCCAAAAACAAUCCGUCGGUAGAAACCGUGGACAUACGUUGCUUGGAUAUCGAAAAACUUAUCUUCAAACGAUCCGAAGUUCAUUUUAUUUUAUUUCCCAAAAAAGAACCUGUCAUUGGUGACGAAUAUGAAUUUAUGGCCUUGAGGGAGUUUCAUAAUUUUUACGAUAAUUAUUAGAUAAAAUUAAAAGUAUUGAAAUGUUAUGGCUCAAAUA